AUGGAGCAAGAGACCAGCGGAACUUCGGGUUUCGCCAAAUCCGCCGUCAUGAGUCUGUCGGCGAUGGGCGCCAAGACCAGACAACUGGGCGCCUCCAUGCAGGACCCGCACCAGCAGCGGCGCAUCAUCCUGGUCAUUGUGUGCGUGGCGCUGCUGCUGGACAACAUGCUCUACAUGGUCAUUGUGCCCAUCAUCCCGGACUAUCUCGCCGACUUGGAGAGCGAGCAGAGCGAGCAUGUGCACCUGGUCCUGCACCCCAACAGCACGCAACAGUCCAAUGCCGAGACGAAGAACAACCUGGACCUGCAGAUCGGUGUCUUGUUCGCAUCCAAGGCCAUCCUGCAGCUGCUGGUCAACCCCAUCAGCGGCACCUUCAUCGACCGCGUGGGCUACGACAUCCCACUGCUGAUCGGUUUGAUGGUCAUGUUUGUCUCCACCUGUAUUUUUGCGUUCGCUGAGAACUACGCCACGUUGUUCAUCGCCAGGAGCCUGCAGGGCCUGGGCUCGGCGUUCGCGGACACCUCAGGGUUAGCCAUGAUUGCCGACAAGUACACAGAGGAGGCGGAGCGGACGCGCGCCCUGGGAAUCGCGCUGGCGUUCAUCUCGUUCGGGAGUCUUGUUGCGCCGCCAUUUGGUGGAAUCUUGUACGAAUUCGCCGGGAAGAGAGUACCGUUCAUUGUGCUGGCGUGUAUAUGCCUCGCCGACGGCUUCUUGCUGCUAACUGUGAUCAGGCCGCUAACCAAUCGGACGCGCGAGAACCUCCCUGUGGGUCCUCCCAUCUAUCGGCUCAUGAUCGACCCAUACAUCGCAGUGGUCGCGGGCGCGCUAACCGUGUGUAACAUCCCGCUAGCGUUCCUGGAGCCGACCAUUGCCAACUGGAUGGAGAGCACCAUGCACUCCACGCAGUGGGAGAUGGGCCUGACGUGGCUGCCCGCCUUCUUCCCGCACGUAUUCGGCGUCUACAUCACAGUGCGUUUGGCGGCGAAGAACCCCAACCUGCAGUGGUUCUACGCGGCGCUCGGCAUGGUCAUCAUCGGCGCCAGCUCCUGCACGGUCCCCGCCUGUAAGACGUUCGGGCAGCUCAUCGCGCCGCUGUGUGGCAUCUGCUUUGGCAUUGCGCUCGUCGACACAGCUCUGCUGCCGACGCUCGCCUUCCUGGUGGAUGUGCGGCACGUCAGCGUCUACGGCAGCGUCUACGCCAUCGCGGACAUCUCGUACUCGGUGGCGUACGCCAUGGGCCCAAUCGUGGCGGGGCAGAUUGUGCACAACCUCGGCUUUGUGCAGCUGAACCUCGGCAUGGGCCUAAUCAACGUCCUGUACGCGCCUGCGCUGCUCAUGUUGAGAAACGUGUGUCAGAUGAAGCCGUCGCACUCGGAGCGGGACACGCUGCUGGAGGACGCGCCGCAGGGACUGUACGACACCAUCCGCCUCGAGGAGCGCGGCCAGAAGAAGAAGAAGAAGAACUGCACCAGCGCCGACGAGAACGGAGUGGACGCCUUCAGGGGUCAGAGGUCACUGUCCGAGGAGUCGUCUGGCUACGAUUUCACCUGA